AUGGUGGACCUGCAGCAGCCGGGCCAGCCGCUGCGCUCCGUCAGCUGGCAGAGCAAGUACGACGCCGGCGUGGCGGCCUGGAGCAGAGCCGCCGGCCAGAUCGGAGCCGACGUCGCUGUCGCGUACAACACCCAGGUGGUGGUGUUCCGCUGCGACGGUGCGGACCUGCGCGACACGGCGAAGCUGCUGUCGCACCGGCGCAGCAUCACCGACCUUGACUGGCACUGGAGCGAGCCGUUGCUGGCCACCUGCAGCGUGGAUGCCAACGUGCACAUCUGGGACGUGCGCGAGCCGCGCCGCCCGGCCGCCGCCAUGCGCUCCGUGGAGAGCGCCUGCCAGGUCAAAUGGAACCGGAUAUCGAGCCAGACGCUGGCCAGCUCGCACGAGGGCGACAUCCGGGUGUGGGACCGGCGCAAGCUCAGCAUUCCGGAGCGCUACAUCUCGGCCCACACGGCCAAGAUCCACGGCCUCGAUUGGUCGCCGACCGUGGAGUGCCAGCUGGUGACUGCCAGCCAGGACAUGUACGUCAAGUUCAUCGACGUCACCAACCCGCGCAACAUCGUCAGCAUGCCCAAGGCCAAGGACCCCGUGUGGCGCGCCCGGUACACGCCGUUCGGCUGCGGCCUGGUGACUGAGGCAGUACCGCAGCUGCGGCGCGGCGACAACUACUGCCUCUGGCUCUGGAACACGGCCAGCUUCGGCUCGCCAGUGCACACCUUCGCCGGCCACUCGGACGUCGUGUUCGACUUCGACUGGCGCUGCCGGGAGCCGGCCCGCGCGCGAGACGAGAGCGAGUACGAGCUGGUCACGUGGUGUCGUGACCAGACUCUGCGCCUGUGGCCGCUCAAGGCUGACCUGCUGCAGGCGUGCGGCCACGACACGGCCUCCAACGGUGCGGAAGGCGAGCACGCCGCCUCCCCCACCACCGAUGGUAUGGAGACCAGCUGCCUGGACACGCCCGGCUCGCGGGAGCAGUCGGCGGCCGAGAGCGGCGCCGCCAGCGGGCCCGCCUCGCCGCUGUACUCGCCGGCACGCGCGGCGCCCCGUAUUCGCCGCGCCACCAGCGAGGACCCGCCGGCCACGCCCAGCCAGCCGCGCACGCUCGAGCAGGAGUUCCGCAUGAUCAACAAGAACAUUGACAACGUGCGCAUCGAGAAGCUGAACGCCGAGGAGCGCGCGUGCCACGUGUCGGUGGUGUGCGGUACACUGAGCGCCUGCCUGCUGGUCACCUUCCCGCCCAGCUACCCGAGCCGGCAGCCGGAGGUGCGCUUCCUGGAGGGCACCCGGCUGAGCCAGGCCGGCCGCCAGGAGGUGCGCAAGGCCUGGGAGCUGACGGCCGAGCAGCACGUCAAGAGGAACCGCUCCUGUCUGGAGCCCUGCCUGCGCAACCUGGCCGGCAGCCUGCAGCGGCUGAUGGAGCGCCAGGAGGAGACGGCGCCGCCGCCCUAUCAGGCGUCCAAUGUGGCCCUAUUUUCCUCGGCCAGCCCGUACGGCAGCUUCAAGGACGUCAACGUCGCCUUUCCGCGCACCUCCGGCGCCAGAUUCUGCGGAAACGGCGCGUUGGUGGUGUUCGCCUGCCCGGCCUUCAUGAAGCUGUCGUCCCGCGGCGACAGCGUCACGCCCCGCUCGCUCUCCGCCCUGGACGCGUACCUCAUCAACUACGCGCAGGGCCCGAUGGGGCUGUCCAUGCUGGGCGGCUCGCCGCUGCUGUUCCCGGCGCUCUCGCGCAGCCCGACCGGCGCCGACGGCGCCCUCUACGCCAAGGACGGGCGCCACCACCGUCACCACAGCAACCUGGUGCUCUGCUACGACGUCAGUCGCCUGUCGCUGCUCAACAGGGAGCUGGCGGAGCGAUACGUCCUGAGCGGCCCCGACUUCGGCGCGGUCUGCGCCGCCAAUGCGGACCUGGCAGCCUCCGUCGGCAGAAAGGAUCUGGAGAAGAUCUGGAACCUGAUCGGUGUGUUGGCCGCCGCGUCCGCCGGCAGGAUCGCGCACUAUCUGCGCGCGCGUGACGUACAGACGGUGGCCAUGAUCUGUUGCGUGCUGGGCACCAAGACGGAACAGCCGGUCUCCAGCCUGCACCAGGCCGCCUCCCAACUGGAGAACAGCAGCCCGGGCGAGUCGCCGUACCACACCGUGCACCCGACCGACACGCGCCGUCACCCGACGCUCGAGGGCCUGGGCGUGGCCGUGUCGCGCCAGAACCGCAGCAACUCCUGGUCGGACGUGCUGGACGAGAGUCGGCUGGCGACGCCCGAUCCGGCCGCUUGA